AUGGCACUACCUGAAGCAGACAAUAUUCUUUUAAAUUCUUCACCUGACGUGCUUAGUAGGGCGAUUUCAAGCGUGUUUCGUCGUCUUGUAGCAAAUCUAUUAUUGGAUUUCGAAAAUCAAAAAUAUCAUGUCGUCCGAGCAGAAAACAAGCUCAUUCGUGAUGCAUUAAAACCACUGUCAAGCGCGGUAGUAGAAGCUUUAUUUACAGGCAUAGGGUUUGACCAAAGUAAAAAUGCAAAUUCUGAAGUAAUUUAUAUAUUGACGGGAGAUGAGGAGAAGAUUCAGGCGGCCGAUCGUUUUUUAUCUCGCUUGGAGGAGGGUAUAGAAAGUAUAAAAAGAAAGGAACUCGAAUUACAACUCCUUUCUCCACGAGCUAGAAAACAUCGAGAAGAGGAGGAAAGGCGGCAACAAAUUCUUCAAGAAAUCCGACGUAAUGCGAUAGAACGUAAGGGUGAGGCAGCUCGUAGCGGCCUCGCAACCUCGAUGACAGUGAUGCAUCCCGAAGACUUUUCAUCAGUAGAGAACUUGAUAGAACCAGCGAGGCGAACACUUUUAAGGACCGGAAGAGUGCGAAACUGUCUUUUUGAAGGACGACAUUUUACCUUACGUUGUAUGAUCCAUGGAAGGGCAUACGCCUGCAAAGAGGGAUGUGAAGCAGAUGCACUGGAGGCGCAUUGGCAUCUUUUUACAGGGAAAAAUUUAAUGUACGCUUACGUUGCCCAUCUUUCACAGGAUGCUUCCACUUUGAUACAUCUUGGAGUUGAGCAUGGUUAUCAAUAUAACUCUUUACCUGGCACAAAAAACUUCCGUCAAACGGUUCAUUUUAGUGCAAAACGAACAAAUGAGCUAACUGGGGCAUUGGAAUAUAUUGAUCACCCUGAUCGACCUUCUAAAGUAUGUAUUUACUGCGGUGUACCAUUCUCAGAGUUAUUUCUAUGA